GAGGAAUGGAGCGGACGGAUGAGGAGUGCCUUCAAACGCUACAAGCUCCUGAAGAUUGCUGUUGGGGAAGAGAAGAUGCCGGAAGAAGGCGAAGCACGUGAACGGUGGAUUGAGAAAAGCACGGUGCUUUUCGACCUCAUCCUUCAAUCGGUCAACAAGGAGAUGUUCGAGCACAUCAAGGAUCUUGUGGAAGCGGAUGAUUCGGAUCAAUGGACACCUGAGUGGCUAAGGCAGCAGAUUCUGCAGGAGGACUUCCGCAGACGCCAUGUGGGAGGCGGUGCUGCCACUAAGACUGCUGAGGGGUAUGGAGCUGCAGGGCGCGGCAGAGGAAGAGGGGGUUGGAGAGGCCGAGGCCGUGGGAGGAGCUUUGGCAGAGGUAGAGGCCGAGGUGACUAUAAUGAGGGGCAUGGGAGCUCUAGUGGCAGGGGGAGUACCAGAAUGGAGGGCACCUGCUGGUACUGCAAGAAGAUAGGGCAUCCUUGGUUCAAGUGCUUCAGCAGGCCGGAGGGAUGGGCACCUCCAGGCAUGAAGCCACCCAGUGGUGAACGCGCACAAGGUGGCGCUGUGCAAGAUGAAGGUGCACAAGGUAACGCCUAUCCUGGGAUGUAUCUCAUGGUUGAGGAUGUGCAUGGGCAUGAGGGUGAUGUGGGAUCUGUCGGAAAGGUUGUGAUGCACCCUCUCACGCACUGGGUGAUUGAUUCGGGUUGCACCAGUCACAUGACCCCACGGGCAGAUUUGCUUGAUGAGGUAAAACCCCCUGGGAAGAUUAAGUAUGUGGCAGCAGCGUCAGGUGCUUUGCUCCCCGUGAUUGGUGUUGGGAAUGCCAAGGUUAAGGGAGCUAAUGGGGAGCUUGUGGGGCUUGGGAAUGUUCUGCUGGUUAAAGGCUUGUCUGCUAACCUUCUCUCUGUGCGGCGGCUGCAGAAGAGUAAGGCCGAAGUGACCUUUGGACCAACCAGCUGCCGUGCUAAGCUUGGGAAGAAGGUGCUGUGGAGUCUGGAAGAGGAGACCAGCUGCAUCAAGGACCUGUGGCAGCUGCCCAUCAUCCCUUGGAAUGGGAAGACUCCAACAGCAGCAACGGCAGCAGUGGCAAAGGCAACAGCAGGAGGAGAUGCAACUGCACCAACUGAUGGGGUCCUGGAAGCAGUCAAGAAAGUGCAGAAGCAGCAGACACAUGGUGAGGUGCUUGCUGGUGUGGAUGCGAGUGCGGCAUGGGCUAAGGCUUCAUCAAGGAGUGGAGAGGCCGAUUGGGAGACAUGGCAUGAGAGGCUGUGUCAUGUGAACUUCCCUAUGCUGCAGAAGUUGGUGAAGAAUGGGAGCCUGAAGGGCUUGGAGGUGAAAGGGGAAGUGAAGGAGAUUGGGAGCUGCCCUACAUGCUUGGAGACCAAGUUCUCCAAGUUCCCCUUCAACAGCACUACAGGACCAGCCAAGACCCCACUUGCACUUGUGCACAUGGAUGUGGUGGGGCCCACAAGAGCGCCUUCCCUCUCAGGCAGCCGCUAUUUCUUGACAAUUGUGGAUGACCACACUCGGGCAGUGUGGGUUUACCCUUUGAAGAGCAAGGGGGAGGUGGCAGCGGCUGUCCUUAAGGAGUGGAUGCCUAGAGCUCAGAGGGAAUGCGGAUACAAGGUGAAGGUGAUCCGCAGUGACAAUGGUGGGGAGUUCAUUGGAGCUGAUUUUGAGGGGGAGUUGAAGAGGAAGGGGAUCCAGCAUCAACUGACAGUGCCCUACAACCCGCAGCAGAAUGGCGUGGCUGAGAGGUUCAACAGGACCCUGCAGGAGGGGGCACGCACUCUCCUUGGGCGUGCAGGGCUGCCUGAUCCGUUUUGGGUGUCUGCACUGAGGCAGGUCGCCCUUGUGAAGAACAGGGUGCUGGCUACAGUUGGAGAUAAGGAGUGGAUCCCAUAUGUCAAGUGGUAUGGGAGUGCUCCAGCUGUGAACAUGCUGAGGGCAUUUGGGUGCAUGGUGGUGUUUCAUGUGCCUAAGGAGAAAAGGGGGAAGUUGGAGGCUUCUGGAAGAUGGGGUGUGCACUUGGGGAUUGCAAAGGAUCACAAGGGGUGGCUGCUAUGGGACUUGACCACCCAGAAGUUGACAGUGUCAAGGGAUGUGAAGUUUCUUGAGUCCCUGUACUACAAGGAAUGGAAGCAGCAGCAACAGAAGCUUCCAUCUACACCGCUCAUUGUGGAGGCAGAUGAGGUGCAGCACCCUUCAAGACAGGUGGAGGUUGCAGUGUCAGAGGAGGAGAUGUCUGGGGUGACUGAGGAAGGGGGAGCAGCUGAAGUAGAGCAGCAGCAGCAGCAGCAGCAUGAGUCUCCACCUCGAGUUCCACACCCGCCUGAGCGUCCUAGGAGGGAUGUGCGCCCUCCAGUGAGGCUGACCUAUGGGGGAAGAGGCAAGCCAAAUGUGGUGCAGGCUGGGAGUGUGGUUGAGCAGAUUGAGGAAGAUGAGAUCGCUCACUGCUACUGGGCACCAAUCCCUGAGCCCAAGACUCGAGAAGAGGCCUUGAAUGGACCAAAUGGGGAGAAGUGGAAGGCGAGUGAGGAUGAGGAGUUCGGGUCCCUAAUUGAGAACGAGACAUGGGACCUGUGUGACUUGCCUCCUGGAAAGAAGGCAAUCACUUCCAAGAUGAUCUACAGGCACAAGUAUGGACCUGAAGGGGAGCUGACCCGCUACAAGUCUAGGCUUGUGGCACGGGGGUUUCAGCAGACAAAGGGGAAGGACUAUGAUGAGGUGUUUGCUCCUGUGGGGAAAGGAACAACACUGAGGGUGCUGUUGGCGAUAGCUGCACUCCUGGGAUGGAAGAUUCGGCAGAUGGAUAUUGUGACUGCCUUUCUGAAUGGGAUCAUUAUGGAGGAGGUGUACAUGAAGCAGCCAGAGGGGCUGGAUGAUGGGAGCGGCAGGGUCUGCAGGCUGAAGAAGGCAAUCUAUGGCCUUAAGCAGGCGCCUCGUGCAUGGUAUCACAAGUUGGAGGAGGCGCUGGUGGCUGGGGGUUUCAAGAAGAGUGAGUGUGACCCCAGCCUGUUCCUGCUGCAGGAGAAGGACGAAAUCCUCAUGCUCUUGGUGUAUAUGGAUGAUAUCCUUCUCUUUUCUGCAUCCACUGCUUUGCUGGACAGCGCAGAGCAGAUGCUGGAGAUGCAGUUCAAGUGCUCCAAGAUGGGUGAGGUGAAGUACUACUUGGGGAUGCAUGUGGAGAGAGAUGUGGAAAAGGGUGUGCUGAGGUUGCACCAGAGGAAGUACUGUGAGGGGCUGGCUGAGAAGUAUGGGCUGCAAGAUGGGGGAAAGCCAGCAACACCACUACCUUCAGGGUUUACUGUGGAGCCAUAUUCUUGAACUUUGAUUGAACUCUUGAGAUUGAGU